CGAAAGUUUCAUAACAUUGACAUGUGGGCAGAGUAUACGUAGUAAACAUUGAAAUCUCUGUCGAAAGAAUAUUCGUUAUAAACUGUUAACAAAAAUAAUGGCUUCCAAAAGGAGACUCCGGUCACAGAAGGAAAGGGUUGUUGAUGGGAACGAAAACUUUGCCGACUUGCAGUCAGAGACAUAUGCUAAACGUCUUUCAAAACGGAUGAAGAAAUCACAGACCUCAACCAAUCUUGAUCAGAGAAAAAAUGUCCUACAAGAAGCAACAAGUGAUCCAGAUCAAACAGAAAACACACUUUCCAACUCAAAUAAAAAGAAUAGUAGUGUUGAUUGCGAAAACAGUCGGCUGUUUGAAAAAGGAAAUGACAUAUUGUUUGAUUUCAAACCUAGACGCCAUGAUCUAAAACUUUAUACAGUUUUUACACCGAUGGUAUACCGGAGCAAGAACAUUGUCCAUUGUCUCCAACAGUAUACCUGGGGAACCAGAUGUACCCAGACAUUAACACAGAGUUUGACUAGUCCAGUGGUCAGUCAGAUUUCGGACAUGCAGCUCUGUCGGACUGCCAGCCCGUUUGACCGGCGUGUUACGGCCAUGGAGUGGCACCCUACCAAACCACAUGUGGUAGCCAUAGGAUCAAAGGGAGGAGACAUUAUGUUGUGGGACACGCAACAAUUUAACAAUGAGAAAUUUAUUCAAGGGAUUGGGCCUGGAGGAAUCAUCAAUGCGUUGAAGUUUUGGCCAUAUGACAAUGAUAAGGUGCUCACCGCUGCAGUAGAUGGUCGGGUCACGUUGCACGACUUCGAGGGCCGACAGUCGAGAGUGGUGACGGACACUUUGGAUGCUCACAGUUACUGGUACUGCAGUGUGGAUGUACAUAAAGACAGGAAGUUAGUGGUGGCCGGUGACAACAUAGGCAACGUUCAAAUGCUGUCUGAUGAAGGGAAAAAGGUGUUUGAGUUCCGACUGCACAAAAACAAGGUGACCGACAUAGAAUUGUCACCGCGGGAGGAAUGGCUUCUGUGUACCUCCUCUACAGACCAAACUGUCAUGUUCUGGGACAUCCGUAUGAUGGCUAACAGGAAAAGUGUGCUCAACCUUCUCAAACAUGACCGUCCUGUGAAUUCUGCUCACUUCAGCAGAACUGAUGGCUGUCGCUUGCUGACCACUGACCAACAAAACCAAGUACGAGUGUACCAAGCCCCUGACUGGAGGCUGGAGAGGACGAUCCUUCAUCCUCAUCGAUUCUUCCGACACUUAACCCCCAUCAAGGCAACGUGGCACCCUCUCCAAGAUCUCGCUGUGAUAGGACGAUACCCUGACCCCAAUUUUCCUGGAUACCACUCCGGAGAGCUGAGGACCAUUGAUGUGGUUGAUGCUAACACGGGGAACACCGUGUGUAGUCUACACGACCCUAGUGCUCCGGGUAUUGUCUCUGUGAAUAAGUUCAGCAACGAUGGAAACUUGUUGGUCUCAGGAAUGGGUGUAAACAUUCUACUGUGGAUGAAGAAGGAGGAAGUCGAAAAGACCCAGGAAGGAUUGGUGACAUCAUUGAAAGGCCUAGGUCACCAGGGGUCAAAUUCAACCAGGAGUAAUUCGUCGAGGCAACCAAGAAACAAAAGUGAUGAGAAAAAACUGAAGAAAUUACAAGGAUCGAAAACAGAGACAAAAAAUACGAAGUUGAAAUUGAAAAGCAAAAAUAAUAAAUUGUAAGGUGUGUUAGGGGGAUCUUUUAAAGUUAUUACACCAUAACUGUUUUGAAAUAUACGCUUAGUUCAGCAGUGCUGAGUAUUUUACUGUUACGUUCUGUUUUGAAAGAACAAUGGAACUAGGUUUAACAUGAAAAAUAUUCUUAAAUUCAGAAUGACGAGAGGGACAAGUAGAGUUGCGUGUUAGGAAGUCUUGGAAUGUGUUCAACAAUCAUAGGAAAGAGACUUUUUUAUGUCCAUAACAUUUGUUAACCUCAUUGUAAAUCAUGCAUGUUUUAAGAAAAUGCUUUAUAUAGAUAAAGUAAAAGUUAUUUACACA